CUGGCAGGCUGGCAUGUUAUGCAGGCGUUUGUUUGUAUAUAUCCUUUGAAUAUCAGAGUAUCAGGUAUAUAAGCAAUGAACUUUCUCCACUGCGAGUUUAAAUUGGAUGGAUGUCAUUCAUUAAAGCUGCAGCCAAGCUGUCUGAUACGCCUAAAGAAGAGAUGGACGGCGGUGUUGACGGUACUGAAAAAGCAUGCAGUGAACUGGAUGAAAUUCGCGCGCAGAUAGCGGAUUUGGAUAAAUGGAGAGAGAUAUUUAACUCCCGCGGGUUGGAAUUACACGAUUGCAUUGUUAAAAGACCUGUUGAGAAAUUUAAAGCUGAUGAGGACAGUGAUGACUCUACCAGACCUACAACCUCGGGCAAGUUAGCAGGGCCCUAUUCUAUACCUCAAACCCUCGCAGUUUGUCCAAGUAUGGGUGGGCAACCUCUGUCACCAGAGCUUGCAGUGAGUUUAAGAAAAGUCUUGUUUGGUAACACCUUCCAUACUUUCAACUAUGAGUGGAAGAAAACAUUCUUCAAGUUUCGGGAGCCUUUCUCGGACAUGUCAUAUGCGCUAGAGACUGAAAGGGGGGGAGCCCGUGCUAUUCAGAUGGUGGUUCAGGCACAUGUCAUUAAAUACCUGCUCUUCGGCCGGCCAUUGAACUCAGACAGCAAAAUGCAGAGUUUGAAGGAAGUAGGGGAGGUGGAACAGAGGAAGGCACUGGCGGCUGCUCUGACUGACAUCUUGUGGACAGCUGGUGAGGAGCAGACAGCAACGGUCUGCUUGGUCACAUCAGAACGCUGUUUUACCCCCAAUCCGGACUUCAAGCUGGAUAGUUUCACAGAAAGCCUACAACUUUUCACCUUUAACAGACAAGAAGAUGUCGGAGCAUUUAUAUCCGAUCACAUCCAGUGUUUUAAUGAAGAAGGAAGUCAUGGAGUCAUACUCUUUCUGUAUAGCCUCAUCUUCUCCAGGUCUAUUGACAGGAUACGAGCAGACUUUGAUGUCACCACCUCUCAUCUUUUGCAUUUGAGUUUGGGAAACUUUGUGUGUCGACAGGCUCUUUUAAACCUGCUGUUGACUGGGCGUGCCAGCCCUAAUGUCUUUAAUGGGACAUUACACAACGAUGAGCAUGGCAAACCUCUCGAUCACCCAGUCCACGGCGUUCUGACCCGCGGUGAUGUUGGAUAUCUACACUGGAGCAGAGAAGAAGUUAACUAUGCAAAGCUGCCUCAGGUUGGCAGCAUGUUGAAAACACCAAAGUUGCCUAUUUGGGUGUGCAGCAUUAAUGGCACAUACAGCGUUCUGUUCAGCCCAAAACAAUCGCUGCUGUCUGAUUGGAGGAUGGAGCAUCUUUUCCAUCUCUACUUCUACAAUGGCCAGCUGACUCAGAGCCAGAAUGCAAUGCUCACUAUAGACACACACUCCCAUCACUGGCAAGCUGAAAAUAAUGACAUUCAGGGAGACCCAGAGAAGAAGUUUCCAUCUCUAGAUAUGACCAUAAGGACCAAAUGGGAGGGAGCUGUUAUCGACUGGAAUGGGACUGUGCCUUUUUUCUGAAGUCUAACAAAAUGUCUUUUGAAUAUCAAGCUUACUGUAGUAAAAUCUGGUUUAAAUGUUUCCUAUAGUGGUUUACAUUAUUUUACUGAUGCCUGUAUCACGUAUUCCUUACGCAAUGGGUCUUAUGCACUAAUAAUUGUGAAUGUUUAUACGCACAUUUGAACUUCUCACAAAGAAAUUAUGCCUAAUUCACAACAUAUACAUUCACAUAUAUAUGAAUUUGUUCUUAUACUUGUUCUGAACACAUCGCCACCUACACGAGGUUGGUAAUUUACAUAAUAACCAAACCAGCUUGAUAUAAGGGGUUUCCCCAACAUACUUCUCUAAAAAUGUUUGUGGACAAGCUCUAUUCAUACAAUACAUACAGUACAUUUUCUUGUACUGUACAGCACUUUGUAUCUGCUACAUGUUGUGUGAAAAGUGCUUUAUAAAUAAAGAAGAAGAAAGAAAGAUCCAUUCAUGAAAAUUCUGUUUUGUUUGCUUUUUCGCUUGGGUGGUUUUGCUGUCAUUGGAGGAAGCCAGAUGUGCUAUGUGCUCACCGGCGUAACGGGUAUUGGUAAAAAAAAGUAUAGCCUAUGAUAUGCGAUAAUGAGUCUUCAUUUAUUAUUAAAGGUCUCUUUAAUAUGACUUCAACAGUGACGCGCACCUGUAUCUAAAAUUAAACUGGAGGCCUCCAUCAAGUGAUUGAUGUUUUGCUCAUUACAUAUACGUUUAUAUUUAGACAUUAAGCAGAUACUUUCAUAUAGAUUUUAAAAAAAAAGUGAGGAGGCAAAGCGUGAAGGAUUGUCAUUACAUGCAUUUUCUUUAAACCUGUAGAAAAAAUAAUAUAAUAAAUGUAUAUAAUGUAUACAUUUGAGACACAAACAUGUGCGUCAAUCGCUUGCUUAGUGAAUGAGACCCAUUGUUUCUUUUCUUUGUUUGUUGGUGUCAGGUUAAAGUUGAUGUUACGCAGCUGAUAUCAAGUCACAAGCCUUAAUCUUUUAGUCUCAAGUUAAGUAAUGAUGAAAACGUCUUGAGUUGCAUGGUUUAAUCAAAUUACAGCAAGUUCAUAAUUUAAAGCCUUUUGGUCUUAAGCGUAAACAAAUCAUUUUGUUUUUAUAUUUCUUGUUACCUUAGAAUGUAAUUAUAUAAUCCUGUUUAUAGGGUAGAGCGGGGCACAACCUAACGCUUUUUGACUUUGGCUCUAUCAUUCAAAAAAUAUUUAAGUUAGAUUAAUCAUUUUUUUAAACAAUCAACACAUAUGUGUCUGCUACAAAUUAACACUUAAAGUUUGUUUGUGGGACCCACCGUUAUCGUACAAAUACACCGAAAGUGACAGGAGUGCAAACGUUACAACUUAUCCCAUAGGUGGGGUUCAUUGUAUCAAACAGAGGGUUUGUUGUAACACCAGCUAGAAAAUUUGGUUUAAACACAAAUAAUUUAAUAAAAUUCUGUCUAUAUACUAAAGGUGGAUAUUGUUUAUAUAUCUGCAUAUAAUAGAAAAAAAUACUUUUAUGCCUCCAAAACACUCAUUGUUCAAUAUCUUAACCGAAACACAUCAAAACUUUCACUAAUUCACAGGAGAUCAUCUUCUGACAGUAAGAGAAAAUGACCAAAAGCACAGAUUGCUCGGCCUUGUAUAAAUAUGUAAAGUAGCUGCGUUACAAUUAACCCUGCGUUAGUUUGUGCCCCGCUCACCCCUAUAAUAUUAACUACUAUAAUGUUCUUAAAUAUAUUACUGCACUGUAUAUUACUGUGAUUAAAUAAAAGCAAUACAAA